AUGAGCGAAGCCAAUAAUUCACUGUUUGAGGAUGACGAUAAUUACGUUCCUUAUGUUCCGAUCAAGCAACGACGAUUGGAGAAACUUCAUAAAUAUGCAAAGCAGCGACGACUAACGGAACCAAGUGUAAGAGACGAUAAUGAGGAUGACGAAUCAGCAACUCAAGGUCCUCGAGCGGGGAUGAGUUUGCUCGAUCAGGCUGUCGAGCAACGAAAAUACAACGCUAUACCAGAAAAGACAGAGGAAGAGAAACGUCUAGAAGAAGAAAGAAUGAUUGAGGAAGCACAAGCACGUCAUAAGGCGCUUGUUUCCGUACAAGAAGCCGCGGCGGGUGUCGUAUACUCGGAGCCCCUCUCAACAUCUUGGAAACCUCCACGUCAUAUUCGUGAAGCCUCCGAAGAACAUCAUGAAGCCAUGCGGAGAAAGUUUCACAUUAUCGUGGAAGGCAAGGAUCCCGUUCCACCAGUGAGCAAUUUCCGGGAUAUGAAAUUUCCACAGCCCAUAUUGGACUAUCUCAAAGAAAAGAAAAUCAAUAAGCCUACGCCUAUCCAGAUUCAGGGCUUACCCGUUGCUUUAUCGGGUCGUGAUAUGAUUGGCAUCGCGUUUACAGGUUCGGGCAAAACCCUGGCCUUUUCCUUGCCUUUGGUUAUGUUUGCAUUAGAAGCCGAAAUGCGAUUACCGCUCACACGUGGUGAAGGACCCAUUGGCAUGAUUCUUUGCCCUUCACGCGAAUUGGCAAAUCAGACGCACGAGGGUUUAUGCCGCAUGGCAGACAAGCUCGCCGAAAAUGGUUAUCCCCGCAUAAACUCGCUUUUGUGUAUUGGUGGUAUCAAUAUGCAUGACCAGGCUAAAGCCUUGAACAACGGUUUCCACAUGCUGGUGGCGACACCCGGACGACUCAUGGAUAUGCUGAAGAAGAGAAAAUUUAAUUUGGAUAUUUGUAAAUAUCUGUGCAUGGAUGAAGCCGAUCGAAUGAUUGAUAUGGGUUUUGAAGAUGACGUUCGAACCAUCAUGUCUUAUUUCAAGUCUCAGAGACAAACGCUAUUAUUUUCUGCGACUAUGCCUAAAAAGAUUCAAGAUUUUGCAUUAUCCGCUCUAGUACAACCGUUGGUUGUCAACGUGGGUCGCGCUGGUGCAGCCAAUUUGGAUGUUAUACAGGAAGUCGAGUAUGUGAAACAAGAAGCCAAAAUGGUGUAUUUAUUGGAAUGCUUGCAAAAGACGCCUCCACCGGUGUUAGUGUUUGCUGAGAAUAAAAACGAUGUGGACGACAUCCACGAGUAUUUGUUACUGAAAGGCGUGGAAGCGGUGGCGAUCCACGGUGGAAAAUCUCAGGAGGAACGUGAGUUUGCUAUAAGAUCUUUCAAAGAAUACAAGAAAGAUGUGCUGGUAGCCACGGAUGUAGCAUCGAAAGGUCUAGACUUUGCCGAGAUUCAGCAUGUGAUUAAUUACGAUAUGCCAAAAGAAAUUGAAGACUAUGUACAUCGAAUUGGCCGAACGGGUCGUAGCGGAAAAACUGGUGUUGCCACCACUUUUAUCAAUCAGCAUUGCUCGGAACAGAUUCGAUUGGAUCUGAAGCAUUUGCUCCGCGAAGCCAAACAGCGGGUGCCACCGUUCUUGGCUGCAAUGGAAGAUCCCACCGAAAAAUAUGGAUUGUCUGGAGGCUGUACUUUCUGUGGUGGCUUGGGUCAUCGUAUUAACGACUGUCCUAAACUGGAACAGCAACGUAGACAGCAGAUGAGCGCUAUUAUGAGCAGUCGUGAUGCCGGCGGUCGAGGCGAUUUCUAA